AUGCCCGAGCCGGGGCUGAACCUGGGCCCGCAGCCGACCCCCGAGAUGGAGGCGAUCGCGCGGGAGGCGGACGCCCUGGCCAGGGAGCGGCUCGCGCUCGAGGCCGAGGUGGCGGCCAAGCAGCGCGACCUCGUCGCCAAGGAGUCCGAGGCUGACAGCCUGCAGAGCGAACUGGACACGUUAACGGCGACGUUGAAACAGUUGGAGAAUCAAAAAGGCGAGGCGCAGAAGCGGCUAAACGACCUAAAGACACAAGUGGAGAAGCUGCGCUCGCAGGUGGCGGCGCAGGAGGCGGCCGCCGCUGAGACCGAGGCGGAGGUGGCGGGGCGGCGCGCGGCGGCGCAGACGCUGCUCGAGCGCGAGCGCUCGCUGCGCCGCGAGCUCAGCGAGGCGGGCGAGCUCGGCGACGAGCUCACCGGCCGGCUGCGGCGCGCCGUGCUCGCGCUCAGCCAGGCGCGCGUCAAGCUCGGCCAUCUCGAGGAGCACGAGCGCUCGCUGCUCGCCGCGCUCGACGCCAUGGCGGAGGGCCGGGCGCCGCCAGCGCUGCAGCCGCUGCACGAGCCGCAGCACCUGCGGCGGCUCGUCGCGGCCGGAUCGCUCGAGGAGGAGCCGUUCCCGGAGACGAGGCCGAGCGGGCAGGCGGACCCGUUCGCGCCGAGCGACCCCUUCGCGCCCAGCGGCGCAGCACAGGACGGGUUCGGCGAGCCGUUCUCGGGCUCCGACCCGUUCGCGGGCGACGCCUUCGCCCCCGCCGCGGCGCAGCCCCCCGCCCAGGCCGACGACAGCGCGUGGGAGGCGGACCCGUUCGCCGUGCUGCACGCGCCCCCCCGCGCCGCCGCCUCGGCGGGGGGCGCCCCCGCCUCGGCUGCCCCCGCCCGCCCCCGGCCCCGCCCCCGCCUCGCCCUCCCCCUCGCCCGCGGACGGCAAGCGCCACAAGACGCCCCCGCCGCGCCCCGCGCCGCCCCGCCCCCUGCCCCCGCACAAGACACGCAUGCAAACAUGCACAUGUGCCGACACGUGUCGCUUAGAGCGAUCACGCACGUGCAUGUCUGUGGGAGCGCGUGUCUUAUGCCCGUUUUCACCAUGGACCCC